GUCGCGAUCCUUCCGCGUCCCCAGGCUGAUCAGGAUGGCGCCGUGGCUUGUCCUGUGCGCCGCACUGGCGUCGCUCUGCCGUGGAGCCGCGGCGGCGACGUCGUCGUGCCGGCCCGGGGAGCAGUGCGUGUCGCUGGACCGCUGCCCCGCCGCCCUCCAGGGCCUGCGGGAGCGGCCGCCGCGCCGCCCCCAGCAGUGCGGCUUCUCGGAGAAGAACCCCCACGUCCCCAACGUGUGCUGCGCCCAGCGCGGGUCCCAGUACAACGGCGACGACCGCUCCUGCCCUGACGCGGUGCCGGAGCUCAACCCUUUCGCCGCACCCGCCAUGACUUGCGAGGAGUUGAGCAGAGUGCGGACGCCAGACCAGAACGACAGAAGGCCGGGAGCAUUGGCCAGAAGGAUGUGCAGGAAACACCAGGACGACUUGUGCGCGCUGCCGAAGGAGCAUUUUCAGGCGGCCUGCCCAGCCUUCGGAGUGCCAGUCGACAUCUUGGAGUUCCCCCAUAUGGCCCUGCUGGGCUAUGGGGAUCGAGACGACUUGCAGUUCGCCUGCGGAGGCUCGCUGAUCGCGCCCGACUUCAUCCUCACUGCCGCCCACUGCGCCAGACUCUCGGGACAACCGGCGAGCUGGGCACUCCUGGGGGCAACCAACCGCACAAGCCGGGAACCCAAGGUCAACGACACCCACCAACUGAUCAAGGUGGCGGAGGUGAUCGUGCACCCCGAGUAUGUCGGGAACUUAAAGUACCACGACAUCGCCCUCCUGCGGCUGGAGCGUCCCGUCAGAGUGAAGGCGGAGGAAGUGUAUCCGGCCUGCUUGGACACAGACGUGGACCUGGACAACACGGGGCAAGAGGCCGUGGCGACGGGCUGGGGAGCUACCGGUUACCUGGAGGACGCCAGUCAGACCCUGAUCCGGGUCAAUCUGACCGUGCGUAACCUACAGUACUGCAGGGACAACGUGGACCUACAACCUGAGAAACUGCCUCGCGGCCUUGUGGACGACACCCAGAUGUGCGCGGGUGGAGGGGAGGACAACCAGGACACUUGUCAGGGUGAUUCGGGCGGCCCUCUCCAGAUGCGGGCGAACCCGAAGGAUACAGAGACUUGUAUCUAUCGCAUCAUCGGAGUCGUGUCCUUUGGGCCGCCGUGCGGCUUGGGGAAGCCAGGCAUCUACACGAGAGUGGCCGCAUACGUGCCGUGGAUCGAGCGAAUCGUCUGGCCGACCAGAUCGGAUGGGUGCGUGAAUAAUGUACGCAUCAAGUUCGACAACCGCGAGGUGCGGCUGCCGGACUCUGGGCCGGGUACCAUCGCUCGCGGGGUGUGCAGGGCGUACCACGUCGAGUUCUGCCCGGCCUACCAAUCCUUCAUGAAGCACGUGAAACCCGACCUAACGCUGGACAGCGCGUGCCAUCACAACCACCCGUCUAGCUACCGCCACCGCGAGUGGGAGGUCCGAAACCACGGCACCGUGUCGUUCCGGUACGGCGACAAUCUCUACAACCGGCAGCACAGCUGCGCGGGCGCCCUCGUGUCCCCGAGCACGGUGCUGACCGCCGGCCGCUGCGCCGCGCUGGGCUGCCUACCGCUCACGCAGGUGACCAUGAACUCGCCGUCGGACUGCACGGAUACCGGCAUCGCGGACGUGGACAAGAUCAUCGUGCACCCGGAGUACCGGCGGGGCCGCGCCUACGCCGACCUGGCCGUCGUCACGCUCACCAAGUCCUUCGACCUGCGGCAGUUCUUCCCUCUCUGCCUCAACACGCUGUCCGACGUGGCGCUUGGGCCGGGCCUGCGGGCCUCGGCCGCGGGCUACAACAUCCAGGGCACCUGGGAGAACAUGUACUACGUCUUGCCCAACAACACUUUGACCGUGCGCACCCCGAAGAAGUGCUCCUCCGCUCUGCUCAGCAACGACAGGCUUAAGAGGGCCCUCCCCGACGGCUACUCGCCCUCCCUCUUGUGCGCGGGUGGGCUCUGCGACAAUGACACCUACUCGGGAGACUCGGGCACGCCCCUCACCCACCUUCAGUACGUGCUGCACGCGCCCAGCGGCGAGCAGUACGUGGACUACGUCCUGGGGGUGGCGUCCUCGCUGACGUACUGCACGGCCCGGGACGCGACGGGACGCCGCCUGCCCGACCUGUUCGCCGACGUGGCCCAGCACAUCGCCUGGGUGGAGCGCACCGUCUGGCCCGACCCGUGAGGAACACGCCGGACACGCACAUCACCCCGCCCUGCAUCACAACAUUAGAAGACUUUAUUUAAAUUAUCAAAAAAUGUAGAAAUAAAUCAAUCAUAUGGUCUGAACCCUUA